AUGUACCCAUUCCUGCCCCUCAUCCAGCGCCCAAUGGCUUCCCAAGACCACUACAUCGGCAUCGACGUCGGGACGGGCUCGGCGCGAGCCUGCAUCAUCGACUCAACCGGCGAGAUCAAGGCGCUCGCAAGCGAGAACAUCAAGUUGUGGCAGCCCGCCCAGGGCUACGGUGGCUCACACUAUGAACAAUCCACCACAGACAUCUGGCGCGCCAUCGCGCAGUGCGUGCGCGAGGUGGUCGCCACCUCGGGCGUCGCGCCCACCUCCAUCAAGGGCAUCGGCUUCGACGCGACCUGCUCGCUGGCCGUGUUCACGCACGACACGGACGAGCCGGUGACCGUGACCUACCCGGACUUCCGCCACAACCCCUCCUCCGCCGACCCGGUGCGCAACGUGAUCCUGUGGCUGGACCACCGGGCGCUGGCCGAGACGGCACACAUCAACGCGACCGGCCACGGGCUGCUGCGGUACCUCGGCGGCAAGAUGAACGUGGAGAUGGAGAUGCCGAAAGUGCUCUGGCUCAAGCGGCACAUGCCGGCGGACCUGUUCGCGCGCUGCAAGUUCUACGACCUGGCCGACGCGCUGACCCACCUGGCCACGGGCACGGAGAAGCGCAGCUUCUGCAGCGCCGUCUGCAAGCAGGGCUACGUGCCCGUCGGCGUGGACGGGAGCGUGAAGGGCUGGCAGGAGGACUUCUACCGGGCCAUCGGGCUCGAGGAGCUGGUCGAGGACGGGUUCAAGAGGGUCGGCGGCGUGAACGGGGUGAAUGGCGAGUUCCUCAGCGCGGGCGAGCUUGUUGGGGGUUUGUGCGAGAAGGCGGCUAAGGACUUUGGCCUGCCGCCGGGCAUCGCAGUCGGGAGCGGCGUCAUCGACGCGUACGCGGGGUGGAUCGGCACGGUUGGAGCGAAGGUCAACCUGGACCCGGAUCGGCUCGACGAAUCGGUCGCGAAGAACGACGUCUCGCAAGCCUUCACCCGGCUGGCCUCCGUUGCUGGGACGUCGACCUGCCACCUGGCCAUGUCGCGAGAGCCCGUCUUCGUGCCGGGCGUGUGGGGCCCGUACCGGGACGUCCUGAUCCCGGGUUUCUGGAUGGCCGAAGGCGGGCAGUCGGCGACGGGCGAGCUCAUGAAGCACAUGCUCGAGACGCACCCGGCGUACGGCGAGACGCUGAAGGAGGCGCAGGCGGCGGGACAGAACAUCUACGACUUCCUCAACGACCACCUCCGGCGGCUCGCCGAGACGACCAAGGCGCCGUCCAUCUCGUACCUGGUGCGGCACUUCUUCUUCUACGGCGACCUCUGGGGCAACCGGUCGCCGGUGGCGGACCCCAACAUGCGCGGGGCGGUCAUCGGGCUGAGCAGCGACAAGAGCAAGGACGGCAUGGCGCUGCUGUACUACUCGACCAUGGAGUUCAUCGCGCUGCAGACGCGGCAGAUCGUCGAGACCAUGAACGCGUCCGGGCACGGCAUCCGCAGCAUCUUCAUGUCGGGCAGCCAGUGCCAGAACGAGAUCCUCAUGGACCUGAUCGCCACCGCGUGCGGCAUGCCCGUGCUGAUCCCGCGCUACGUCAACGCGGCGGUGGUGCACGGCGCGGCCAUGCUGGGCGCCAAGGCGGCGAGCGCGGACGGGCACGGCGCGACGGAGCCGCUGUGGGACAUCAUGGACCGCAUGAGCAAGCCCGGCAAGGUGGUCUGGGCACGGGGCGACCCGGCCGAGAAGAAGCUGCUGGAUGCCAAGUAUGAGGUGUUCCUGGACCAGUGCCGGACGCAGCAGGAGUACAGGAGGAAAAUUGACGAGGCGCUCAAGGGGUCGUCGCUGGAUGCCGGCGAAUCAGCACAGUGA